AUGCGUUCGGGUAGGAUGAGGCCAAACGCCCUGAAGCUGGCCCUUACACAUGGUCAGAGCACGUUGUCGACGAGCGAGUUGAGACAACGGAUUUGUGAUGCUCGUCUGAUCAAUCCGUCGCUGUCCACUGCGGUUCAGAUCCCGACGGACAAGCGUUCGGAUUGGAACAUUCCACCAACCCCUUUCACGCCUCGCGCCAUGGGCAAUCGAGUUUCUCGAACGGCUGCUCAUACGACUACCAACCCUAGCCACGAUCUUCACCGGGACGCAAAAUGGCGCAAAUCUUCCCGGCAUGCUGGCCGAUUCGAGCAAAGCGAUACCACCAGGCGUCCGAUCAGUACUUACGACGCCCGCGAUGCAUAUCUACAAGGAGAAUCUCAGCAGACCGCGCGUCAUCUGCUGAAGAGUCGUAGAAGUGUACAUACGGGCAAUGGCUUUACACUUUCGGAUAGGAGCAAUCCCAUUAUGAGCCCACGAAGGCCGCAAGAGGAAUCUCGUGUCUACGCGGGUCCGCCGUCACGCUCAGCAUCCGACACUACUAUGACUCCACGGCGGUCAUUGCAGCCGAUGAGUAGGGCGAGCACCCUUCGGGCCUCCGGUCUUGCGGCUGCUAGGCAAACUUCAGCCGAGGACUUGCGCUUAGACGGAUCUCUCGAGCACGACCGGACUGCAUCGCACACUGAAUUCGAUAGUCAUUUCAGCCAACUUUCGCCUACCAUCCCAGCUCCGUCGCCUCUACCGGAAGACAGCCCACAUAAGUACGGACUGCGAGAUGCCAUGGAUACUCCCAAUGUUCCAGAGAUGAAUACGAAUCGGGCGCGGCGUCGUAGCAGUGGUUUGGAGGUCUUCAACGAGGCCAAAACUCUGCAAUCGACCUCCAACUUCCUCAACGGUUUGAGCACGUCUCGAAGGCGGGCUGAGACCGCAACGGAACCACAACCAGAAGACCCUUCUCCACCGGCCACUCUCCGCCCCAACACAGCAGUGACCCAAAUUGCCAGCAACGACACCGCAGACCACCACCACGAGAACGCAUUCCGACAACAAGGACUCUGCUUCAAGUCCUCGGGAUUCUCCUACAGCCGCCCACUGAAACCUCUCCAACUGAACUGCUACCGAGACCACAACAGAUUGCUGGCCAGCCGCAAUAACUGUGCUUCUGUCGAAUGUGCCGUCUGCCAUGCCGACUCGGAUGCCGUCCACUGGAGCUGUAGCUGGUGCGCCUUGCGCAUGUGCGGCGACUGUCGCAAGGACUUCUCUACAAACGGUCUCCCGGCUCUCAACGAGCGCAUCAAGAGAGCUAACAUCGGCCUGGUCUCGUCGCUUAACCAGUCGGUCGACAGUGGAUUGGCAUUGGUUGAAACGGCUUGA